GUUUUCAAUUAAUAAAGAUGAUUCUAGGCAGAACAAAGCAGAAAUUAAUAUAUUUUCCGUAGCAUCUGGACAUCUUUAUGAGAGAUUCUUGUCUAUUAUGAUCCUAAGCGUUUUGGGACAUACAAAAAGUCGCGUUAAAUUUUGGUUUAUCGAAAACUUUUUAUCACCGUCCUUCAAGAAUUUUAUUCCACAUAUGGCCAAAGAAUAUGAUUUUGAAUAUGAACUAGUUACAUACAAGUGGCCGCAUUGGUUAAGAGCUCAAAAGGAAAAACAGAGAACUAUUUGGGGGUACAAGAUUUUAUUCCUAGAUGUACUCUUCCCUCUUGAUUUGGAUAAAGUUAUUUUUGUUGACGCAGAUCAAAUUGUACGAGCGGAUUUAAAAGAAUUAGUUGACAUGGAUCUUGAAGGAGCACCGUACGGGUAUACACCAUUCUGCGAUAAUAGGCCAGAAAUGGAUGGAUUUCGAUUUUGGAAACAAGGAUAUUGGAAGGAUCAUUUAAGAGGAAAACCAUAUCAUAUCAGUGCACUUUAUGUUAUAGAUUUACAACGAUUCCGUCGCAUGGCAGCAGGAGAUCAAUUACGUGGACAAUAUCAAUCACUAAGUUUAGACCCAAAUUCGUUAGCCAAUUUAGAUCAAGAUUUACCUAAUAAUAUGCAACAUAAUGUGCCAAUAUUUUCAUUACCGCUUGAAUGGCUUUGGUGUGAGACAUGGUGUAGCGAUGAGUCAUUAGUAAAUGCAAGAACCAUAGACUUGUGUAAUAAUCCAUUGACAAAAGAACCAAAACUUGAUCGUGCAAGACGUCAAGUUCCAGAAUGGGAAACUUAUGAUAACGAAGUUACUUCUUUUGCUUCAAGAAUUUCACAAUUACAAAAGAAUUUCGUAACAGAAUCCAUUAGCAUAACCGAAAAGAGCAGCGAAAGUCAAAUUCCUACCGAAAAAACUUCUCAGGUUACAAACUCUGAUGGAUUUUCUUCAUCAACACCAAGUUCUCAUUUAAAAGAUGAAUUAUAA